GCAGCUCCCGCCCAGUCUCAGUCUCUGCCUCUUUGUCUCUCAGUCAUCAUCAUGCCCAAGAACAGCUCCGCCAGCAUGUUCGGGGGAGCCGGGGGUCGGGACUCCAGGGCGUCCGUGGGGAGCCUGGAGGGGCUGCGGAACAUGAUGCGCAGCGAGCCGGGGAAGGACUCCGCUCCCCACACGGCCGCAGCUCCGGCCCCGGCGCCGGGCGAUAAGAAGACCAUGCGGGACCUGAACGAGCGUCUGUCCGGGUACCUGGGCAGGGUGAGGCAGCUGGAGAGAGCCAACCAGGAGCUGGAGGACCAGAUCAAUGACAUUUUGGCCAAGAGGGGGGCACCCGAGGACCGCGACUGGGAGGAGAUCGAGAAACCCCUGGCUGACCUCAGGAAGAAGAUCAAGGACAAGGUCAUGAACAAUGCCAAGCUGCUGCUCCAGAUCAACAACGCCAAACUGGCCAACGAUGACUUCAAGUCCAAGUUGGAGGCUGAGAAACAGGCGCGACGAAUCCUAGAGCAAGACCUGGCUGCCCUGAAGAAGGAAAUCGAUGACACGCAGCUGAAACGCGUGCAGCUGGAGAACCAGAUCGAGUCUCUGAAGGAUGAGCUGGCUCUGCACCAGAAGGACCACAAGGAUGAGGUGGACGCCCUCCGUGAGAAGAUCAAGGACUCCAGCGUGGUGGUGGAGAUGGACUCGCAGGACUCCAACUUGGCCGAGACACUCAACAAGAUCCGCGCCCAGUACGAGAAACUGGCAAAGAAGAACCAGAAGGAGACUGAAGACUGGUACCAGAACAAGUUCGACAACAUCAAGGUGGAGGUUGCCCUCAACACCGAGGCCUUGCAGACGGGCAGGACGGAGCUCAACGACCUGUGCAGACAGAGGCAGCUGCUGGAGAUUGACAUCCAAGCUAUGCUCAGCAUGAUCCACUCUCUGGAGGAAACCCUGAAGGAGACCAAGGGGCGGGGCGGUCGCGAGAUGGCCCGCCUCAACCAGAUCCUGCUGGGCCUGGAGGACGAGCUGACCCGGGUGAGGUCGCAGGUGGAGCGGCAGGUGGACGACUACCAGAACCUGCUGCACGUCAAGAUGAAGCUGGAGGCCGAGAUCAGCAACUAUCGGCAGCUGAUGCGCGGCCUUGCUGCCGACGAGGACAGCUUGGAGCUUUCUUUAGACGAUGCGCUGCAGAGCGGCCAGCCCGAGCCUGAUGGGAAGGCGCCCCAUGACCAAGAGGUGAAAGAAGAGGCUCCUGUGAAGCAGGAGAGCGCCCCCUCCAGUAAAGCUUCUCCCCCUGUCAGCACUGAGGCCCCGAACAAUGGUCCCACUGAGGAGAAAGCCCCAAAGAAGAAGAAAACUAAGAAGGGCUCAUCUUCUUCUUCAUCUUCAUCUUCCUCCUCCUCCUCCUCUUCUUCCUCCUCUUCCUCCUCCGAGUCAGAAAAGGAAGAUAAAAAGCCCAAGAAUGAAGGUGAAAAGGCCAAGAAUGAAGAUGAGAAGCCCAAAGAUUAAAAUUAUGAUUUGAGUCAUAUUUGAAACCUGCUGUCAUAUCAAAGCUUUGA